AUGAGCACUAAAAUUAAUGUUUGUAUUAAGAAAAAAACAAAAAAAACGUCCUGUUUUACAAAUGAAGAAGACGGUUCACAACAAAAAAGAGAAGUAUGCUCAAAGCCAAUUAAAAAUAUUCAAAAAGACGAUUUAACGCCAUCUAAACUGAAUAAAACCAUUAGCCCUAUUCCUCUUCCUCCUUCUAUUCAUGGUAAAUCAGUUUUAGAACAAAUGAAAGAAAAACAAAGUCAAUAUAACCACUCUCCGUCAAUAACUUUUACUGAAAGAUAUCGUUCGUUACCAUCAGAAGUUAAUGUUGAAGAAUAUGAAAAAAUUCCUAUAGAAAAUUUUGGGAUAGCAAUGUUAAAAGGAAUGGGAUGGAAAGAAUAA